UGCGUUGGCUGGUGCAGACGAUGAUUUGAAGCGAGGUGUCGACAGGGAUUUGUGUUGCCUCAGCACUGUGACCAUGGCAGGCCUGAAUGAGGGCUUAGAAUCUGGAAGCAACUGGACAGAUCAAGACUUAAACAAAUUUGGAAUUCAGUAUCAUAUAACAGUCACAGAGCCUUCCGGCAUUUUCGAGAAGAUCAAACCAUACACAAUCGGCACCCGGAUCUCACUAAAUGACCUUGCUGUCCAAAAGCUGACGGAGUACACUACUAUGCUUCAGGAGAAUUUCACUGAUGCUUUCGUAUUGGAUGUCAACUCGUUUGAACUCAUUGAAAUGAUUGAUGCUUGUAAUGAGAUGCGUGGUACAUGUCGUGGCUCUGGAGAUCUGAAGACCAAAUAUGCUGCGGGCGAAAUAGAAGCAAAAUGGAAAGAGAUACACAAAAACGUUAGGCUGAAUAUUGCUGGGGCGAAGUCACAACUUCUGACCGCAAGAUUAAAAGCUGUCAGUAAGUCUUGGGAUCCCACCUUUGUUAUGAUUGACACCUUCCUGACCAAAGUGAAUAAAGUCCUGAGAAAGGCAUCACCCAGUAACUUAGAAGUGAAUGAGGGGACAUUCGUAGAUCUUUUCCAGCAUUUUGCUAGAAUCUUUCUAGUUGAAUUCAUUCCAGCCAUGGUAAAGCGGAGUUUGAUGAUGGGUGGAAUGGAGGUAACAUCCAUUAAUGAUCUCCGCUAUGAUUAUGAAGAUCAUGAAUCUUAUGACAGGUGUGAGGAUGCCCCAACAAUAGUUGUCACAGUUGCGGAGGUAUUGUUUGUUUCGAUCACCCGCACACGGGAGACAAAAUGUCAUGGUCACGUCACAGGUCACAUCAAAAACAAGGGGUAA